AUGGUGUCUGUAGAAAGAAUCAACGACUAUCUCACCAAUGUACCAGCGGAGGACGAUGAAGGCAAAAGCGAGCCACCUUUGGAAUUUUCUGGAAGGAUUGAGCUCAAGAAAGUAUUUUUACGGUACAGCCGUUAUCUACCUUUGGCUCUGGAUGAUAUCAACGUCACCAUAGCUCCAGGAGAGAAAGUAGCAAUAAUUGGAAGAACCGGCAGUGGAAAAACGACUUUCAUGCAGGCACUGUUACGUACAAUCUCCAUCGAAUCUGGCCAAAUAAUGCUCGAUGGCCUCGAUGCAUCCACCAUAUCUCUAAAAAUGUUACGCAAGGUUUUCGGAGUUGUACCGCAACAUCCGUUUAUUUUCAGCGGCUCUUUAUAUGAAAAUCUUGCUGUUGGCUGUGAACAUGCUAGCGAGGAUCAAGUAGCCACAAUCGCGAGGAAUGCACACCUUGGUAGGAUUUGUCGGAUUUUGAAGGAGCGGUUAUCUUCAAAGCGGAUACAAUUGCUCUAGAA